GAGAGAGACGGAGCGGGGCAGCAGCACGACGCACACGUACGGCUACAGGGCGAGAUUUACCCACCUUUUUAGCGAUUUAAUGCGGCUGUAAGCCGGUGCGGACCUCCAGUCGGGGUCUUUUCGAGCGACGAGGCGAUUUUCGGCCGUCUGGGCGGCCCGUGUGCGGGUUUAUUGGCUUCACUGUGGCUGUUGGAGGAGCUGGAGACUCCAGCGCGGCGCUCUAGUACAGCUCAGCUCAGCACACUGCUGCUCUGUUUUACAGCGGAGAAAUAAAUCAGACUGUUUUAGGGGCUCCGGAGACGUCAAACGGCGGAUUUAAGGUGGCUUCCUCGGUCUUUUCCAGGGAUUUGUGUGCUUUUUAUUUCCAGGAGCCAUGCACCUACACGGGACGACCUGUGGAUUAACUACUCCAGUUCACUAGGACUGGAAAAAAACGUGGAAGCUGUUGGAGUUUGGGCCAAAAAACAGCCGCAGACAGCCGCUGGGAGCGUGAAGGGCGCUGAAAGCGUCAGCAAUAAGGAUUAAUCAGGCGUGUUUAGUGUUUUCUCUCGGAUCACUAAGCUACAGAGUGGCCUUUGGGCCGUGCAGGCCUCCUCUUCUUCUGCCCCAACUGCCCCAGCCAGCACUCUGGGACAUAACACCACCCCCCCACCACCUUCCCCUCCUCUGCUCUCCUUACUCAAUCCUCCUCUACCCUUAACGCACAUGUGCGUGCAGCCGCACACAGCAGCACCAUGAAGAUCUGCGUCCGUUUGUUUUGUGCCACAAUACAGGACCAUGUUAUCUAACGUUAGCUCCGCGCUGAGGCAGAGACAGAGACCCGAGGAGCUCCGGCGGUGAGGAGGAGGAGGAGGAGGAGAAAGUGGACCACGCUGUUCGUGUUUUUUAUUUUUAUUUUGGGCCGCUGAGGCUCAACUUUCCACCGGACUUUCUCUUCUCGUAGUUUUUCUCCUCCUUCAGUCGCCCGCGUGCUGCGUUUUCUUUCUUUUUUCUUUUUUUUUUUUAACCGUUUCCAGCUCGAGGCGGAGUGAUGGUGGUGCGCGCGGAUCCGUCGGCGCUGCUGCUGUGGGUGGCGGCCGCGCUCGCGCUCUGCCACUGCGGGACCGGAGAGAUCUGCCCCAGCAAGGACAUCCGCAACAACGUGACCAACCUGCGGCUGCUGGAGAACUGCACGGUCAUCGAGGGCCACCUGAAGAUCCUGCUGAUGUUCAAGACCCGAGCCGAGGACUUCCGGGGCCUCAGCUUUCCCCGGCUGGUCAUGAUCACCGACUACCUGCUGCUGUUCAGAGUGUACGGCCUGGAGAGCCUCUCUGACCUCUUCCCCAACCUGACCGUCAUCCGUGGCAACAACCUGUUCUUCAACUACGCGCUGGUGAUCUUCGAGAUGCUGCAGCUGAAGGAGGUGGGUCUGCACAGCCUGAUGAACAUCACCCGGGGCGCCGUGCGCAUGGAGAAGAACCCUGACCUCUGCUACCUGUCCACUCUCGACUGGUCCAAAAUCCUCGACUCCGUGGAGGACAACUACAUCGUGGCCAAUAAGAACGAGCGGGAGUGCGGAGAUAUCUGCCCGGGCACCAUCGCUGGAAAGAUCACCUGCUUCCAGACCACCAUCAACGGGCACUUUGGGGAACGCUGCUGGAACCAGGACCACUGCCAGAGGAUCUGUCCGGCUGUGUGUAAACACCGAGCGUGCACCCACAGCGGUCACUGCUGCCAUGACCAGUGUCUGGGGGGCUGCUCUGAGCAGGGGAACGCCAGCGCCUGCGUGUCCUGCCGGAACCUCCUCCAUGGCCACACAUGUGUGGAGCGCUGCCCGCCGGGAUACUUCACCUUUAAAGGCUGGCGCUGCGUCUCCUUCGCCUUCUGCCAGGACCUCCACAACCAGUGCAAGCAGAAGAAAAGCAACGACUGCUACCAGUACGUCAUCCACAACGGAGCCUGCAUCCCAGAAUGCCCCUCUGGAUACACCAUCGUCGACUCCACGUUGAACUGUACGCCCUGCGCCGGUCUCUGUCCGAAGCUGUGUACUGGAGUGCAGACCAUAGACUCGGUCACCGCGGCUCAGGCUCUGCGGGGCUGCACCGUCCUCAACGGCAGCCUGGUCAUCAAAAUCCGCGGCGGGAAUAACAUAGCGGCUGAGCUGGAGGCUAACCUGGGUCAGCUGGAGGAGAUCACGGGUUAUCUGACCAUCCGCAGAGCGUACGCCCUCGUCUCCCUCUCCUUCCUCCGCAAACUCCGGUUGAUCCGCGGGGAGACGCAGGAAGUCGGGAACUACUCCUUCUACGCCCUGGACAACCAGAACCUGCGUCAGUUGUGGGAUUGGUCCAAGCACAAUCUGACCAUCCUGCAGGGCCGCAUGUUCUUCCACUAUAACGCUAAACUCUGCCUGUCCGAAAUCCGCAAGAUGGAGGAAGUGACUGGAACCAAAGAUCGGCACACGAAAAACGACAUCGCCAUCCGCACCAACGGAGACCAGGCGUCCUGUGAAAAUCGACUGCUUAAAUUCACCCAUAUUCGCACCUCAUCCAAGAAGAUCCUGGUCAUGUGGGAGCCGUUCUGGCCAUCAGAUUUCAGAGACCUCCUGGGCUUCAUGGUGCUCUACAAAGAAGCACCGUAUAAAAACGUCACAGAGUUUGACGGGCAGGACGCGUGCGGCUCUAAUAGCUGGGUGAUAACGGACGUGGAGCCGCCACAGCGGGCGCCCAAUAGCAACAAGGACCCGGGCUGCAUCCUCAUGCCCCUGAAGCCCUGGACGCAGUACGCCAUCAUGGUCAAAACUCAGCUCUCCGUCUCUGACGAGCACCAGGUCUACGGAGCCAAGAGUGAGAUCAUCUACGUCAGAACCAACGCCACGCGCCCGUCUGUUCCUCUGGACCCAAUCUCCUCCUCGAACUCUUCCUCGCAGAUCAUCCUGAAGUGGAAACCUCCCGCCGACCCCAACGGCAACAUCACUCACUACCGCGUGGCCUAUCAGAAGCAGGAGGAGGACAGUGAGCUGUAUAAGUUUGAUUACUGCCAGAAAGGAAUGAAGCUGCCGUCCCGGACCCCCACGCACUACAGCACGGAGGAGGAGCAGAAGUGGAACCAGACGGAGGAGCAGAGUCAGACCAGCAGCUGCUGCGCCUGCCCCAAAACGGAGACUCAGCUGAAGAAGGAGGCCGAGGAGUCAGAGUUCCGCAAAACCUUCGAGAACUACAUCCACAACGAGGUCUUCGAGCCGAAACCCUCCCGACGUCGCCGAUCUUUGGGAAUAGCUAACUCCACCCACUCUGCAGUCUUGGUUACACCCCCCAGUUUUCCCAACAUCUCCGCCCCCACUGUAGGGCCGGAGGACGAGAAGAGGAAACUGGUGAUGACUGUCAGCUCGAAGGAGUCCAUCGUCAUCUCCAACCUUCAGCACUUCACCAGCUACCAGAUCGAGAUCCAGGCCUGCAAUCACCUCACUGACCUCGCCUACUGCAGCAUGGCCACCUACGUCAGCGCGCGCACCAUGCCUGAGGCUAAAGCAGAUAAUAUCUUGGGCCCUGUGACUCAUGAGAUCCUUUCAGAAGAGCCGGAGUUUGUGUACAUCAGGUGGCAAGAGCCGAAAGCGCCGAACGGCAUGAUCAUCCUAUACGAGGUCAACUACCAUCGAGUCUCUGAUAAUGAGGAGUUUCAUCACUGUGUGUCCAGGAUCAGCUACGAGAAGACCAAAGGCUGUAAAUUACGAGUUGGCCAUCCUGGGAAUUAUAGCAUCCGAAUCAGAGCGACUUCCUUGGCUGGAAACGGCUCCUGGACCGAACCCACGUACUUCUUCAUGCCAGACAAUUACAUGAACGUGAAGAUCAUCAUCGGCCCCGUUAUCCUGCUGAUCAUCCUGCUCUUCAUCGGAACUGGAGCCUUUGUGGUUUUCAGGAAGAAGCAAACUGAAGGACCUACAGGCCCCCUCAUCGCCUCCUCAAAUCCGGAGUACAUCAGCGCUAAUGACGUGUACGUCCCUGAUGACUGGGAGGUGGCGCGGGAGAAGAUCACGGUUUUGCGUGAGCUGGGUCAGGGCUCUUUCGGGAUGGUGUACGAGGGCAUCGCGAAGGACAUUGUGAAGGGUGAGCCGGACACGCGCGUGGCCGUGAAGACGGUGAAUGAAUCGGCGAGUCUGAGGGAGCGAAUUGAGUUCCUCAACGAAGCUUCGGUCAUGAAGGCUUUCAGCUGCCACCAUGUGGUGCGUUUGCUGGGUGUGGUUUCGAAGGGGCAGCCGACACUGGUAGUCAUGGAGCUGAUGACUCAUGGAGAUCUGAAGAGCUACCUGCGCUCCCUCAGACCUGAUGCUGAGAAUAACCCCGGCCGGCCGCCGCCCACGCUGAAGGAGAUGAUCCAGAUGGCGGCGGAGAUCGCUGAUGGCAUGGCCUACCUCAACGCUAAGAAGUUUGUGCACAGAGACCUUGCUGCUAGAAACUGCAUGGUGGCCGAGGACCUCACCGUCAAGAUCGGCGAUUUUGGCAUGACGCGUGACAUUUAUGAGACGGAUUAUUACCGUAAAGGAGGGAAGGGUUUGUUGCCGGUGCGGUGGAUGGCCCCGGAGUCUCUGAAAGACGGAGUUUUCACUGCGCACUCAGACUGCUGGUCGUUCGGCGUGGUUCUGUGGGAGAUCAGUACGUUAGCGGAGCAGCCUUAUCAGGGCCUGUCCAACGAGCAGGUGCUGAAAUUCGUCAUGGACGGAGGAUAUCUGGACCAGCCAGAUGGCUGCGCCGAGAGAAUGCACAACCUGAUGCAGAUGUGCUGGCAGUACAACCCGAUGAUGCGGCCCACCUUUACUGAGAUCAUCGAGAUGCUGAAGGACGACCUGCAUCCUUCCUUCCAGGAGGUCUCCUUCUUCUACAGCGAGGAGAACAAGCCUCCGGAGAGCGAGGAGUUCGACAUGGACUUCGAGAACAUGGAGAGCAUCCCCCUGGACCCCUCGUCCUACUCACAGAGGGAGGAGGGCUUCAGCCGGGACAGCGGCCCCAGCAUGGGCCUGAGGGGCAGUUACGAGGAACACGUGCCCUACACGCACAUGAACGGGGGCAAGAAGAACGGCAGAAUCCUCUCUUUACCCAGAUCCAGCCCAUCCUAACGUCUCCUCACCUUUCGGCUUCCUGAGUUUUGUUUAUUUUUUUUCUCGGUUGUUUUUAAUCGUGCUGUUUUUGCAGAGGCCCUUAAAAACACAGAUCUCAGGUCUAUUUUUUUGGACUUCCUACCUGCUGCCCUGGCGAACACGGAUGCAGACUCUCGUUCUUCUCCCGGUCAUCCGUGUCGCCGCUCGCUUACACCUUGUCUCCUUUCGUUUUAUUUCUCUUUAGCCAAGUUUUCCUGGUCGGAGAGUAAAAAAACUGUGAAAAUGAACCUCUAAUAACCAGAAAGGCUGCUUCAGCUGAACCUCCUCCCCUCGUGCUCUUUCCUCGUCUCUUUAUUUUUCUAAAGUGAUUCUUUUCAGAUAGUGGCCUUUCUAUGAGUGGCCUAAACACACAACACAGAGAGGAGCGUCUCGGUGCUUGGAUCCGUUCCCUCUGUGCGGUGACGGAGCCAAGGGACGGCGCGGACUCGGUCUAAGAACAAACGUCGUCUUUUUUCACGGAGGAGCCGCUUCGUUUUGCCCUGGAGAAUCCCUGACUGGUGUUUGGUGAAUGAGUUUUAAUUUAUUUGCUUCACUUUUACUUUUCCUGUCUCUCAGUUUUUACCUGUAUCCUUUUUUUAUGACUGAAGGAUAUUUAAACAGUUAUGGAUUGGACAAAGGUGUUCCUCAGACUGACCAAAAGCUGCUGCUUUGAUAAAUAGUGGGUAUAAAUAUAUAAUAUAUAUGAUAUAUAGAAUAUUGAUGGGUGUCAAUAUUUUAUAUAUAGUACACGAACAUUGAAAUUUUUGUACAUAGUUUGUUUUAGCAUUUUUUAAUUUUUUUCAUCUGAUAUCAUAUUUUCUUUCAGUAAUUACAGUGUCUUUUAUUUGUUUUUUGUGUUUUUUUUUUUUUUUUUUUUUUUUUUAAGUAAUUCUCAUCCAAAACAGACACACAAGUACCUUUAAUUGACAGUGUGACAUACAGGGGGCGCUAUUUUUGGGCGUUUUGGCAGGAGAGAGAGAAAAAAGUAAAAACUAUUUGUAAACACAACCACAUUUUUCAGCAAAUAACACUGAUCGCUGUCCUUGGCCUUGCUGGAACUGUGUAAAAGGGGCAGCAGGUGGCCUGUCUGAGUCCAUCUUUUACAGGAUGUGUUGAUUUUAAAAGUGUAUUCGGUUUAGUUGAGUGCAUUUUGGGGGGUUUCAGCAGCUCCUGAGUGAUAAACUGUUGGGAUCUGAGAGAGAUCGAUGGAAAAGGCUGUUUUGGUCAGUUUUUAAAGCACCAGUAGCUGGUUUUAGGUUCAGCAGCACAUUUUGGGGGUCACUGUGUUGCUAUGGGUUGCUACAAUUCCAUAGCUGUGUCCCAAUUCAGGGGCUGCAUCCUUUGAAGGACGUGGUCUAUGAAGGCGUGUCCUGCGAAGGCUGUGUAGACCCGCGAGGGCUGAACCGAAAUGAGACGGUCUGCUCUACGGCAGCAGCGCUGUUCCCAGCUUUACUGCUGCGUCACGAAACGCCGCUCUUGUCAAGUUCUUUAAAAGUUCUUUAAAGACGGAGCCACAAACUUUGAUUUUAGUUUUAUUUUUUCAUUUAUUAGAGCUGGAGAUGCUUCUCUCCGUCGGCUCUUUGCUCCCUACAACAAAACGAAACAUUAGCGCAAGUUUUGCUUCAGACCACAUUGGCCUUUUUUAACACCUGUGUCUUUAGCUAUUCGUUUCAGUUUAAACCCAAUACUUACAUUUAAAGUGUCUCCUCAGCUCCUCUGCUGACGCCGCCAUGUUCUCGAAUCCUCGCCGGCACGCAGUGAACCUCGGGAUAUGUUGGCUGGCAAAGGAUCCGCCCAUUGCCAUGGAAAUAGACACAUUUCUUGGCCGCAUAUGAAGGAGCCUUUGAAAUGGGACGGCCUAGUCGCGCCACUGUGACACAAUCGGCCUUCAAAUGCAGCCUCUGAAGGACGCAGCUCCUGAAUUGGGACGCAGCUCCUCACUGUGUUCAUAGAAGUUCACACUGACCACCUGUUCCAAUAGACGUGUUAGCUAGCGUCAGGCUAGUGCUGUAACAAGUGGAUGGGACGGUUUGUGGUUUUAAUGACGUGUCGCGAUACAAAACCCAAUGAACAGUGCACCGUUACAAGCUUUCACAGUUUUAAUAAUCACAUAUGAUCAGCUUAAAAAGCUCAACGUGACGUAAGCAGGUCUAAUUUGUAUAGUAAACAGAAGCAGAUUUCAUAUUUAUUUAUGCUGCAGGUUCAUUAAAAAGUCAGUAUAGGAUCAAUAUAGUGUCUGUGGCAAAAUAAUCCCAAUAGCGAGCAUAUAUGAGUCCGCUGGCUUAAAGAGGUCGGCACCCUGCAGACUGUUUGCCACUGGUGGUCCCCCCUUGGACCACCUAGAUAACUGUCCUGCAUACAAGGUCUAACUACACUCAUAAACAAGGCGUUUCUUCAAGAAAAGGGUUCUAUAUAGAACCAGGUUGAUGGAAAAUGUGCAUAAAUGUGCAGCAGAUGGUUCUUGUUCUCUAUAGAACCUUUUUCAAAAGGACCCACAGGGUUUUUCUGUUGUUACAAGCUUGGCAUCAUAACGAUAGAAGAACCCUUUUGGGUGCUAUAUAGGAAGCGGUUCUAUGUAGAACCAUGAACACGUUUGCAUGAUUAAAGUGUUCUUUGCCUCAUGAAAGGCUUCUUCGGUUUAAUGGAGAAGGUGAUGUAGAUGUUUCCAUAUAGAACCGUUUUCUUUGCUAAAGAACGCUUGAAGAAGCAUCUUUUUUUAAGAGUGUAGUUUUCAGUCUUUAAACAGAUUUUAAUCGCGAAGGUAAAUAUAACAAACAAUUGAGACAAAAAAUUAAUCGCCAGGCCGAAUAUAAAUGGAUUUAUUUGAAAAUGUUGUUGCUGGAUUAGUUACAGCUGUAUAACCGGCUUUAUUUCUGAUACUGCUGUAAAAAUGAUUCAUUAAUGUAAUUUACGAAGGAUAACGAAAGAAAGAAAUAAAAGAAAGGAUAAAUGAAAUGGACUGUGAGUGGAAAAUGAGCAGAAACGUGUUUUGUCUUAUGCUACUUGGUGCUAACACUAGCACUGACCUGCUAACCUCUUUGUUUGUUAGCAUGUAGCAUUUAAACAUUGAGUUUAUUUUAUGAUCAAUCUAGAAAACAGUGACAAUUUCUGGUCACUAGCCAUGAAGCAAAAUACUCAUACUGUCCCAUCCCUGGUUAUUAAGUCUAUAAAGAUCAUGUGGUCAGUCAGUCAUGGGGCUGGACGCUAAUGAUGCUAAUGACACUGUUUAGCUACGUCACUUAGCAGACCUAAAACAUUCCGCUGUGCUUUCCCCAGAUUUCUCAACCAAACCUCAUAGCGUGUAAGAACUGGCGCUCAUUUUUAAGUUUCAGUUUGUGUAAAGCAGGCUGUCGGUCAGCUGUUGCUGUCCAGAUGAGACGUAUAUUGUCCACACACAGCAGCUGACUUUUAUUUUUAUGGUCUCCGCUCACAGUUUUGAAAUAUUCGCUCCAGCCCCAGUUUUCCGUGCCUUUUCCAUCAAUCUGAGACUAGUUGAGCGUGGCUAAAGCGCGUUGGCUGUCGUCAAGCAGUGUUUAGGUGAAAACGGAGGUGUGUGUGUUGUGGUGGACAGGUGUUUAUUUGGGUAGACAAAGACGAUGUUGAGCCAGGACGGAUACUUUAAGAGAUAAAGAUGAGAUUAGUCGAAAAUGCUAGCUUGGCUAAAAGUGGAUGGAAGUUAGCAGGCCAUGCUAAUGCGCUACAACACUAGCCUACUCUCGUUUUUAUCCUCGCUCGCACUUUUGGCCGAUCUUUUAAUUUAGCACACUGACUUUUUGAGAUCACCAGUUACCCGUAAACCAGUCAUGGUAUUUUUCAGGUGACUAUUUCUACUUUUUACCACAUUGGCCACAUUUUAGAUAUGGAAACAGUAAAGUAUCAUGUGAGUAAAAAUGCUUAAAAAAAUAAACAAAUAAAA